AUGUUGAACCACUCGCUGUAUCCUGAAAACUAUCGACAGAUAGGUGAAAGUUUCGUUAUGGAGUACUACGAUACCAUGCAGCGAGAUAGAAGCUCUCUCAAACUUUUUUAUCACAACCAAGCAAGGAUGACAUACGAAGGUGAUGUGUUAGUAGGUCAAGAUAAAAUUGGUGAAAAGUUUCUUUCACUUCCUGCUAAUAAAAUUCAGGUGGGUAUAACUAAUGUUGAUGUUCAUCCAAACGAAAAUUCUGUUCUUAUUUUUGUUUGUGGACAAGUUCAGUGUGAUGAAGAUCAGGUACUACCGUUUUGCGAAGUGUUUUUCCUACGCAAAUUUAACCAUUGUUUCCUCAUCACCGAUUCUAUGUUUCGUUUGGGUUUGCAUAAUUUCUAA